AUGAAUGCAAUUCAGCAAAAGUGUCGGCCGAAACACCAGGUCCUCGUCCUAAAAUGCUAUCCCCGGACUACGAAAGGCGCUGUAGAUGUCAAGCCGAAUAGUAGCGAGCUUAGCUACCUUCUCUACUAUGCUACGAGUCGUCGCUCCAAGAUCCAGAAGAUUGGCGCUUUUUUAGAGAAGAAGACAGCUAGUGAUGUCUGGCGUCUGCGUAUUGGGAAUGUUCAAGUGACUCUACAGAUUCUGUCAGCCUUGAUGGAAAAGCUUCACAAGGACUCGGUCUUGAUUGCUCCAUUCGUACUCAAAAUUCUUGACACCGUCCUCCGCUCCGACGAUAUCACCAUGAUCGAGUCCUCGCUUCCAACAUUUGCGGCCUUUUGCGAUUAUCAUGAUGCCGCGUUCCUCAUGGCUGAUCAGACUUACCUUCGACAAUACGAAGAAAUUGUUCGAUUGUACGUUCAACUUGCUUCGACAAAGCCUGCGCCCGGCAAGGAAUCUCUCACCACCCCAGUUAAGGUUCGAUGGAGGAAUGCGGGCCUCGAAGCUAUUCGUAGCAUCUCUACGGCGGACGCACUAUCUUCCAUAACGGGCAGUCAAAUGGAUGUCAUCAUGCCUCGCAUCCUCGAGAACUUGUGGUCCGAAACCCCCGACUUCCUCGAAACGCUACACCAACGGCUCGAAACGGAAGAAAAGGUCGAUACCGAAAAGCAGGUUAGACGGAGAACUAGUAUCGCGACAGUUGGGACUGACGGAGCAAACGACCCGAAUCCUGUCGCUCUCUCCGGCACUGCCGGUGAUGUCGAUAAGCUUGCGGAAGAAGAGGUUGGCGUAUUGGCCCUCCAAUGUUUGAAGAGCAUCUUCAUCGUCCCUGCCCGUUCUCAGAUCCACGGCGCAACCGUCUCUCUCCUAAGAUUUAUUCAAGAAAAGGUCGCACAAGGCAACGCUGUGGUUGAACUUCAUGAUGAUCGAGAACGAGACAGUGGCUGGGCUAUCAGUAUAUAUGGCAUUAUCUCGCGAUGGGCCCCCGUGCAAGACAGGUACACAAUUCUCGUUGCCGCUCUCGAAACCCUACUACGGAUUCCCGUGCAGGACUCUACACUCGACGAACAACUCGCAUUGGUAACGAUCAUGAGCUCCCUCCUACGGUCCGACGUCAACCUUAUUGGAUUGAGUAUGAUGGAUGUUCUCCUUGGUCUGAUCAAGCAGAUGAGGAAGCUUUUUAGGAUGCGAACACCGACCAGCCAGAGCGACGACGGCACCCCCUCUGCCGUGGAGCCUGAAUCAGUCGUGCGCCAAAAGACUAAGCAUCUUGUUGGCAGACUUGAACUGUGCAUUGGCGACUUGGCAACUCACGUAUACUACGCAGAUCAGAUCUCGGAUAUGAUUUCCGCUAUUAUCUUGCGCCUGAAACCGUCUCGAUCUGCGAGCGUCAACUCUUCCCCUGGCGGCGAAAAGAACGGAAACAAUGAAGCUGGACCGGGUGCCUCCACCAUCGAGCUGAGCGAUAGCCAGCAGCUUGACCAUUACUUCUCCCUCAACACGGGCAGAGCAUCUGGCCUCCGAGCUAUCAAGGAGAUUCUUCUAGUCGCAAACCCUCAGAAGAAGCUCACCGGCAACAUGGGAUUGUCCCGCAACCCUGUGCCGAUUUAUGUUUGGGAGGGAACUCAUUGGCUUCUGCGUGAUCCAGAUGGCUACGUUCGCAAGGCGUAUAUGGACGCUCUCAUUACAUGGCUUGACCGAGAAACUUCAUUCGCAAAUGAGAUUGCCGUCGAGGAAAAGCUUCCUCGUUCUCGCUCUUCUCUCAAGAUCAACAAGGAGACUCGUAGAGCCGUUUCAAACGCCUCCCAUCGAGAGCGAGGAUCCAAGCCAAGACACUCGCAAUUUCUGGCCUUGCUGCAUCUGGUCAUCUACGAUAACGCCCUCCAGUACGUCGAGUACGAGAAUGAUCUUGUCAUGCUCCAUAUCCUUCUUACACGGUUGGUUUUGCAGUUGGGCGUUAAUGCCGCCCGAUAUGGCCUACCAAUGAUUUACCGACUACAAGAGGACAUACAAGAGAUCGACACGCCUUUAUAUAAGGUCCGGACUGCAGCGCUCUGUCAUGGAUACUUUUGGGCACUUACCGAGAAGUUCGACUUCAAGGACUCUGAUAUUGGUAUAGCGAUUGAGCAAGAGGUGGCGCGCCGCAGAAGAAAGGGUUUCUGGGUUCAGGGCAUUACCAUGCCGCCACCGGAAGUCGAUACGGUUGGACUUCCAGGUGAGGCGCGCCCACAGCCAGAUUGGGACUCUGCAUCGCUCGAAAGAGAAGAACUACUUCCCUUCGACGACAGAGAGGCACUCGUAGAGUACAUUGUGUCGCACUACCACGACAGCCUUCAGGCACCUCCUGGCACCCCGGGUCCUUCCCCAGGCAGGGUUCUCUCAGGGCCAAUCCUUGGCUCAACUCUAACUGGACAAGAUCAACCCGAUUCGGAGCUGCCAGCUGUAUUCCGCGAUCAGAUGCUGGCAGACUGGACCAGAGAUGCUGCGGGCGCCAUGCUUGCCGCUGCUGGAAAGUCGGAAUCUUUGUCAGGAUCCAAGACAGAAACCUCUGGGACACACCGAGGCCACCUCACGGUGAAGACGAACGGAAACGGAUUCGCUAAUGGGAAUGGACCGACAUCACCUUAUGGAAGCCAAUACAAUCUAAUGAGGCCUCACUCGUCGCAUGGCCAUCGCGAGAAAGAUCGCGAAGGAACGAUUCCCAAGCACCGGAAGAGCAGCCUACGGAGUUCUGCCUCCCCCGCCCAUUCAGCAGGCAACCGAGGUACCGUUGCGUCGGUGGAUCAGCUGAAGCUCGUGCUAUCAGGCAACCCUCCGCCUAAAACAGCCAUCAUCGGGGACGAUGACAGCGGAGACAGCAUGGUUAGCUACGAUUACAGUCCUUCAGAGAUGAGCUUUAACCCUGCUACGCAGAAUGACCAGCCAAGUAGCCCAACAAGCACCAAGCGCCCUGGCACGGCUUCUAAGCGAGGACCUCUGAGCGCUCAUCCUCCUCUUGGAGCGGCGCCAAAUUUACAUGACGAUAACGAUGAGGAGGACGAGUCGGUUCCUCCUGUGCCACCACUGCCUGACGUUAACUUGCUCGGGGGUAAGAGGAGCCCCAUCCAGUCGAUUGAGACGUCGUUCCAGGAUAAAUCGGCGCGGCGCAGUCUGACCAGCCGAGGAGGGGAUGGAACUCGGCCCAAGUCGGUACGAUCACAGAACACCAAGACCAUGGAUCUGCAGGAUCUCCUUAGAGGAAUUGAUAGCCGGCCGAGCGAGGGAAGUCUGGGCAAUGUGACAAAACCUCCAUACUAG